UGCUUUAACUUGUCCUUGUCAUCAAUAUGAUUAUAUUGGUCGAUGUCAAUUACCUUUUCGAGAACGAAUAAUGAAACAUCGUCUAUAUAAUGGUCGUAUUAUUAGUAAUUUCUUUAUUGGUCAAACCGUAGCUGAUCGUCUUCGAGAUGAAUAUGAGGAUCAAACGAUAUCUGAAUCACAUACAAAACUUUAUCAACAUUCAAUUCAAUGUCUUGCAACUAUAGAAAUGUUUUUGACAUGUCAUCCUCGUUAUUGGUGUUUUGUUCCUAUGACUAGAGAACAGGCCAUUAUAGAUGAUAUGAAUUUAACUUCUACAGAAAGAAAUCUUUUGGCCGAAUAUCAAAUGUCUCAUUCAGAAUAUAAUACCCACGAAACAAGCACAAAUUCAUUUCAACGAAGUGAUAAUAAUGCAAGUUGGUGUAUGAAUAAUAUACCAUCGCCUCCCUCCAACUAUCAAUUUUCAUUACGACAAAAACUUGAUCAAUGGAAUUUUUUUCAAAAUCGGUCAGAUAUAUUUACAUCACGAUACAUUAAUCUAUACAAUCCAACAAUUGUUAUCGCUUUAUCUGAAAGUGCUUCAGAUGAGAUGCGUCACCUCAUACAAGCUUUAUUAGUGACUCAUGCCGAACCGAAAUUAAAUAGAACCAUCAAUGAUUCAUUAUUGACUUCUGCUAACUCUAAUAAUAAUAAUAAUUGGUAUCAACAUUUAAUACAUCCUCGUCUACGUUUAUCAUAA